AUGGAUUCAAGAGACACCACAGGAGAAGAAACUCAUCAGACAAAGUACAAAGGUAUCCGUCGCCGGAAAUGGGGAAAAUGGGUAUCGGAGAUUAGGGUUCCGGGAACUCGUGAACGUCUUUGGUUAGGUUCUUUUGCCACCGCCGAAGGAGCCGCCAUAGCACACGACGUAGCUUUUUACUGCUUGCACCGACCAUCUUCCCUUGAAAAUGAAGCUUUUAACUUUCCUCAUUUGCUUCCACCUUCACUCGCUUCAAAUACAUCUCCUAAGUCUAUCCAAAAAGCUGCUUCCGACGCAGGUAUGGCCGUAGACGCCGGAUUCGACGUGAAGAACGAUGGUGGGAGUGGUGGCGGUGAAGAUAGAUCGUGGACGACGAAGAACGUGGAGGAAGAUAACGAACGUGAAGCGUUGAGCAUCUCUGUGUAUGAUUAUCUUGAUGAUGAUCUCGUUUGA